AGUUCUCGCUCCGUGCUAUGCGCUCAACAGGUGCGUAAAGGCGUAGUAUUGCCGACGCAGGAAAAGGAUGAGCUUGUGUGAACGUCAUCCUACAGGUUCCGAGCGGGCGUAUAUAUACCACGUCCAAAUUCAUGAGCAGAACUCAUACCGACCAGUCCUCUCCCCCUCAAUAAACACCAUCUAAACACUAUGGGUUCUAUCUUCUCUGCUAUUGGCCGCGGCAUCAUGGCCAUCAUCGGCGCCAUUGCCAAUGUCCUCGAGACCAUCGUCGGUGCCAUCACCACCGUCAUCGUUACAAUAUUCGACGUCAUCGUCGACAUCCUGUGCUGCAGGUGCUUCGGCUCGCGGAAGAGCGGGCGCAGAUAUGGCCGCCACAAACGUGGCGGCGCGGCGGGGACGUACUAGACGCCCUGGAGAUUCAUCACGACAUGCCAUGACGAUUCCUAGAUACUUAUACCACUCACAUUAAUGAUUGUGCUCCCACCAGUCUGAAAUAUUCUAUUGAUCAGGAAUCUGUGACGG